CCGCGCAAGGCGCUAUUUGAGCAGCUAAGCCUUAUCAAUCGCCUCAUGCAAUUCUCUUUUCCCGCCUCCCAUGCAGAAGACGCCUGCAGCGAUCUCUAAAGAAAUCACACCCAUAUAGAUUUUAUGGCCGUUUGGCAGCCUCAGGGAGACAUAAUCACUUUCCCGACAGCCUUUCGCAGCUGAGCGGGAUUCUCAGAAGCGGGCCUUCUCCUUCUCUGACUUUCGGUUUCAGCGCGCGCGCUUUCGCCGGCUCGCUUCUCCUAUCUGCCUGCAGGGGAGAGCAGAGCCCGCGCCAGGGUUACUGUGGGUGACAAUCAUACACAGGCAGGAGAAGAAGCGGCGUUUAUUUGGAGCGCCUUUGGGCGCCUCUUCCUCUUUUCGGCAGCCGAGGCGCUGAGAAGAAGUUAGGGAGGCAAUAAGCAACAAAUCGAGCGAGUUUUCUCCUCUCUUUCUCUUUCAAUGGGCUGCACUCGUCUUUUCGCAACACCGAGAGGCUUCAGCCAGGUUUGAUCUGGUGCGGGACGCGCAGCGCGUAGCUCUCCUUCCAACCACGUUUCUUCCAGCAAAAGAGAAACAGCGUUGGAGCUAAAAGGUAAAGACUUUUGCAAGGGCUUGAAAUAUGGAGAGGGGUUACCCCAUGUUCUGGGGUAGGCAACAGUAUGGACCUGGGUUUUAUGCAGCCAAUUCGCAAAAUGAAAACCAUUGGAGGAACUCUUGGGAUUGGCAACAGGACAACAGCUAUUGCCCAGAUACACCACCUGCUUGGGUACAUCGUGGCAAACUUCACAACUACAACGUUGCUUACCGAGGCCGUGGUUGGAAUCACUCUCAAGGGUAUUUCAGUGGGGCACAUUCCAGCCGAGGCCAUCAUAGAGGAGCUAAAAGCAGAUCUUCAAAAGGAAAAGGUCGUUCUAAAAACUCAUCCCGUUCCUCGUGCUUAAUCAAUAUGACGCCAAAUAAAAAGGGAAAUAAUUCUCAAAAAACUGGAGGACCAUCAGCAACACCAGAAUCUAAACAAGGGCAGAAGAAUUCAACAAGUUUGAUGAAAGAAACUGACACAUCCAAGGUGGAUCAGAAGUCCAGCAAAACCAUCAUGUCUGCAAAGGAUAUCAGUUUUCAUUUGCCCUCUGUUUCCUCAACAUGCCCACAGAGCAAACAGGAAGUGCCAUCAAAGGAAAAAGAAGAAAUUGAGGUCAAGUUGGAAGACAGUCAGACCUCUGAAGACCCUCCCAGCCAGACUGCUCCUUUGUCACCUGUGCAUGCUCCAUCCAAGACAGCAGAAGGUCUUCCAGCCACAGUAAAGGAAGAACCUGUGGUGGUGGAGUUGAAAGAUAGGCAGGCAGCUGAACAACCUCCCAGCCAGGCCUUACCUUUUCCAUCUGCUGAAGCAUCUAUAGAAGAGCAGUCACCACUUGUGACCACAGAAGGCAUUCAUACUACAAAAAAGGAACUGCCUGUAUUGCUGGAAGCCAUCCCACCCAAAGACGAUUUCAGCCAUGUUGGCUCACCUCCCUCUGAAGAAAUACCAUUCCUUUCUGAGACCACAAAUGAUAAUCGUUCAGAAGGAAAGGAAGACAUUGAACUGAACCAAAUCACCAGCAGUCUUAAGAAUGAAGACCUCCCAAGUACCCUGAGUGAUGUUCAUGUUGUGCCUGUGCUGGUGAGAGAGAAAAAAUAUGAAAAGACCCAAAUCACCAGCAGUCUUAAGGAUGAAGACCUCUAUCAGUCCUCUGCUGUGCUAGCUACUAGCUCCUCCAACCUCCCAAGUACCCUGAGUGAUGUUCGUGUUGUGCCUGUGCUGGUGAGAGAGAAAAAAUAUGAAAAGGCUGAAAAUGUAUGGGCCCCUGAAGAUCGUCAGGCACCACCCUGCAAUGUGAAUGAAGCUGUAAAGUGUCACAGAGUCUCUGAACAUGACAGUGACUUGGUGCUCUCACAGUCCCCACCUCACAGCCUCAUUUCCUGUGAUCAAAAAAGUGAUACAGAAAGAUGGCUGGAAUACUGUUCUAGUUCACCAAUGAACCAACACAGCAGUGAUUUGAGGCAUUCUAGCGCAAAUAGGACCUCAAGAGAGUUGCGUAGUCAGCGUUCAAGAUCCCCUCACAGACGAGAGCGAUCCCAUGGAAGCAGCGACCGGUCCCCUCGUUUACAAAAGGGCCAACACAGCAGUGAUUCACGGCAUUCUAGAGCAAGCCAUGCCUCAAGGGAACUGCAUACUCACCGUUCAAGAUCGCCUCACAGACGAGAACGAUCCCGUGGAAGCAGCAACUUGUCCCCUUGCAGGAGAGAGCACUCCAGCUUCUGUCACUGUGGAUAUUGCUACAAUCCACACAGAAAGAAUUUAUAUGAGAAAGAUUCCCCUCCCUCUUACUUGGUUCAGAAAAGAAGUCAUCGCUAUUCCCCAGAAGAAAGAAGUGAAUUGUACGAAGCACCACAUUCAUACAGUCGUGAGAGCCCCAGAGAGGCUUGUAAAAUGAAAUCCAAUUCACAGAAGUUAAAGAAAAAAAUAUCAUCCUCUCGGAAGACUGAAAAGAAGAAGGCGGCAACAGCGAUUUCGGAGAAAGCAAGAAAAUCUACCAAGACUAAGAAGAAAACCAAAGGGGACCAAGCUGGUGGGGCACCAAUCUCAUCAGAGACUGCACAAAAGUUACAGCCGGUGGAAACAGAAUUGCCUGACCCGAUCCAGGCAGCAACCUGCAGUGAGGAUGCAGACCCCACUCAGCCCCUGUGUGCUGGAGAGAAAGAUGGCUCUUCAUCAUCCUCAAGGACUUCUGAGGACCGUUCUGCAGCUGUACUAGCAAGAAAGGAAGAGAUAGAGCAGGCCUAUCAGCAAGUCCUCCUCAACUUUGCAGUGGUGACUGCCAUGCUGUUGGAAACAAAGCCAUGCAUGGAGGAGGCGAUGGAAGCAGCCUUGCGGGCCAACUUGAGAAGGAUCGGGAACUACUAUGAAUGCAUGCUGAAGGACUUCAUUGACAGCUAUGACUUGGCCAAUGCCAUCUAAUAGGAUGAUCUGACUAGUCUAAGGCAUGUUGCGCAACAGAGUGAGUGGGAUGGGAAGCUGCAUGUUUUUGGAUUUGGUAGCUGAGGCACUGAGGUUAGCUUCCUCUUGGUGGAAGAUGAGGAACCCCAAUGGGUUUGACUGCAGCAGCAAGGUUAAGGCUUGAAAGUAUUGUGCAGAUGCUUAAGAGUAUGGGAGAAAAAGAACACCACCUCAUAAGGACAUUUUUUCAGAAGUAGAUUGUUUUGAGAAGUGUUGACUUACCCCAGGGACUUCUGAAGGUGUCAGAAAUUCAUUGCAGGAGUAAGUCGAAUGGGAGUGGUAAGCUGGUUUUGGCAUACUACCCUGUUAGGGUUAGCUAUUGGAAAGGUUUGCCUUUUAAUCUUGCAUCAAGAUUUCCAAGUAGGAUGGCUAAUUUUGCAUUUUUUAGAUCUCUUUAACCAUGGCUCUCCUGCUAUUACAGGCAGAGGGAAAAAUGGAGGAUUCCUGCCAGUCCAGUGCAGCAGCUUUAGUAGCCCCCCCCCCCACAAAACUCUUGUGAAAUGCUUUUUAGAUUUGUUUCCUGAGAACUUAAAAACAUCUUUUUAAAUAAAAAUGACUGAUGUAGACAACA